AAACCAUAACCAGAAUAAAGCGUUGCUUUUUCAUAAUAAAUAAAAUAAAAAGAUUGAUUUUUGUUGUAAAUGUAGGUGUAUCUUUUGCUUUGGGGGCACAUGGGAAAUUUGACUAGUGUGUGGCCCACAUUUUAUUCACUGUGUUGACCAUAUGUUUGAACCUUGAAGCAUAAGCAUAAAACCCUGUGCUGUUAAAAGAGGCAAGGCAAGGCAAGCUCCCACUGUGUGUGAAGUGUGAAGUGAAAUUGAAACUGUGUUUGAGGUUCUUUAAUGGAUGAGUCUUACCCAUUGAAGGCGUGUAGAAAUCAGUUACCGGAGAGCCCAAGAGCUCCAAUGGAGUUUCUGUCGCGCUCGUGGAGCGCCUCUGCGCUCGAAGUCUCGAAGGCUCUGGCUCCGGCGCCGGCGCCGGCUCCCCCUUCUUCGUGCUUGCUGAACAUGCCUCCAAUUCCCAAAUCCACAAGUGGGUCUUCGUGUACCACCUCCUCCAUGUCCAUUCCCGAAGAUGUCUCCGGCGACUUCGACGACUUCCCUGUUCUCCACGGAAACCCCCAUUUCUCUUUCUCUUCCUCCGCCACCUCUCAGCUCGUCCUUGAUCGCAUUAUGUCUCAGUCCGUCAGGGAGGAAGUGUCGCCUUUAACUUCUGGGAGGCUUUCCCACAGCAGCGGUCCUCUCAACGGCGGUGGCUCUUUGACGGAAACAGACAGCCCGCCGGUGUCCCCCUCCGACGACUUCGACGACGUUGUUAAGUUCUUUCGAGCCAACCACAGCAUUCAGCCACUGUUCACAAAUGGCCGUGCGAGUGCCGGAAAUGUCGGUGGAACUGCCGGCGGCGGAUCAAAGACGGUGGGGAGGUGGCUGAAGGACAGAAAAGAAAAGAAGAAGGAAGAGAACAGAGCCCACAAUGCCCAACUCCAUGCUGCUGUUUCGGUUGCUGCGGUGGCUGCUGCGGUGGCGGCCAUUGCAGCAUUCCAAGCAGCUUCUUCUUCGUCCAAGAAGAAUGAGCAGUCGGCUAAGACGGACAUGGCGGUGGCCUCAGCCGCUACCCUGGUGGCUGCUCAGUGUGUGGAGGCUGCUGAGGCAAUGGGGGCUGAAAGAGACCACCUUGCUUCGGUUAUUAGCUCUGCUGUUAACGUUAGAUCACAUGAUGAUAUCUCUACUCUUACUGCUGCAGCAGCUACUGCUCUACGAGGAGCAGCAACACUGAAGGCAAGAGCACUAAAGGAAGUAUGGAACAUCUCAUCAGUAUUACCAGUGGAGAAAGGAGUACCAAUGGGUGUCUGUGGUAAAGCCAACACACCUCAUUCCAACGAUGGGCAUAACCAAGAGGCAGAGAUUCACCAAGCUGAGAAUUACCUAUACGUUCGAACCCAAGAUCUACUUGCUAGAGGCACCGAGCUCCUCAAGCGCACCCGCAAAGGCGAUCUUCACUGGAAAAUAGUUUCUGUUUACAUUCACCGCACAGGGCAGGUGAUGCUGAAGAUGAAGAGCAGACAUGUUGCAGGAACAAUCACCAAAAAGAAAAAGAAUGUGGUGUUUGGGGUGUGCAAAGACGUACCAGCAUGGCCUGGACGACAUUUGUUUGAGGGCGGAGAGCAGCGACGUUACUUUGGAUUGAAGACAGAAUUGCGAGGCUUAGUAGAGUUCGAAUGCAGAAGCCAGAGCGAGUAUGAUCUGUGGACACAAGGCGUUUCAAGGCUUCUUUCGAUGGUAGCUGAUUCAAAGAACAGAUAUUAGGAAGUUUUAAUGUUUCAUCUCUGUUGUAAUUGUGACUUAGAUAGUGCCUAGUUUAGUUGAAUGUGGUUAGUUUCAGCACUUUAAUUUCCCCGUUGGAAGAAUGUACACAGGGAAGGAGGGAGAUGGCAGGGAGAUCUGAAUCACUUGUGGCAGAAAUCCCAAUAAAAACCAUUAUUUUGAUCGGUCCUAGAAGCGGAAUAUUACUUGAAUCGAACCUGCUAGAGACUUGAUACAAA